AUUCGCCAUUGCAGUUUGAGUAAGAGAGGAGGGCUAGCGUUUUCAGCAACGCUGCCAUUUCUUCUUCCUCUGCUUGAAUUUGUUGACAAUGUUGAAGCUAAGGCAGUUAGGUCAGGUGAGAGUAAGUAUCUGCGUAUAAAGGAAGAGAAAAGUAUAGUAACCAAGGGAAAGGCUGCUGGUGUUCUUCGUUUAGCAUUUCACGAGGCUGGAACCUUAGAAAUGGAAGAAAAUUCGGGUAGUAUGAAUGGUUCUGUAAUUUAUGAGCUCGAAAGACCCGAAAAUACCGGCCUCAAGAAGUCUCUCAAGAUUCUAGAGAGAGCAAAGAAAGAAGUAGAUGCAAUACAAUCAGCAUCAUGGGCAGACAUAAUUGGUGUGGUUGGAGCUGAAGUAGUUUCGGUUUGUGGAGGUCCGAAAAUCCCUGUUGCAUUAGGCAGACUAGAUUCUGCAGAGCUGGAUCCUGAAGGAAAGCUUCCCCAAGAAUCUCUGGAUGCUUCUGGCUUAAAUCAGUGUUUUCAAAGGAACGGCUUCCCAGCACAAGAACUAGUUGCUCUAUCUGGUGCUCACACUCUUGGCAGCAAAAGUUUUCAAAGUCCAGUUACUUUUGAUAACUCAUACUUCAAAAUUCUUCUGGAGAAGCCAUGGAAGUCUUCAACUGGUAUGUCGAGCAUGAUCGGACAUCCUUCAGAUCAUGCCAUUGUGGAGGAUGAUGAAUGCUUUAGGUGGAUCACAAAAUAUGCAGACAAUCAGAAUAUGUUCUUUGAAGAUUUUAAGUAUGCUUAUAUUAAACUAGCGAAUUCUGUUGCAAUGUGGAAAAGCAAGUGAUGAUUUUUGGAAGAACAACAUUGUGUUCGUUUCUUGUCUUCUUGAUUAAAUUA